UAUGCGCACGCGUCGUAUUUGGCCAUGGAUUCAUCAUUAAUACGGCAGCAUAAGGAGUUUCAGAAGCGUGCAUACGACGUUCCGGUGGUGGAAAACAGGCCAGAUAAGCCAGUAGCCCCUACCGAACCAAAACCAAAGAAGAAGAAAUUUCGACGUCCGGUACAUCAAGUUUCCUCUGCACUUCGUACACCGAGUGUCAUCGGCUCGGCUACUGCACAAUUUAAGACAAAGAACAAGUUUGGUGUGCUCAAGAUUAUCAUGGACAGACUGAAGGCGCGGCACAUGGCUAGUGAAAGUGAGGCUCUUAGUUUAGAAGAGUUGUUAGAACAAACUGGAUAUUCGGAUGUUCAGCAGAGCAUUAAGAGUUGGUUGCCUGAGGCUCUUCAUGCUAAUCAGAAAGUGACGGUGGCCGAGGAUGAGAAGUACUUAUUUAAGCCUUUGUAUCAAAUAAAUAACAGAGAGAAGCUACUCAAUCUUCUCAGAGAUCAAUCAGAGAAGGGUUUGGGUGCAGUAAAAUUGGAAGAUGUUAGAGAAUCAUAUCCAAGGGCAGAUAAGACAUUGGAAGUCUUGGCUACUAAAGUUAUCUCACUCACUCGAAUGGACAAAGAUGUUGUGUUGUUCUACAAUAGUCCUGAAAUUUCGGUGGAAAUCGACGAAGACUUUAAAAAGUUGUGGAGAAGCAUCAGUGUGGAAGGUCUCAGUGAUCUUGACAUAGAGAAGCAUCUGCACAACGCUGGAAUUUCGUCCAUGCAAGGAGUGCCCGGGAUGUUGAAACGAAAGGCCACAACCAAAAGGAAAUCAGCAAGAGCAAGAAAGCAAGCAAGGCUGUUGAAUGAUCAUCUAGACGGCAGCGAACUACUCAAGAACUACAACGAAGAUGGACAGCUUGUUGAGCCUCAAAACGUGUCAUAAAAACAGAUAUAGUGAUGUAUCGAGAGCGAAUUAUUAAUAUUAAUUAAUUGAAAAACAUAA